GACCCCCCCAAGCUUCUUUGAGGUAUUCUCCCCCAUUCCCUCCAAUUUUUUUUGUUUUCCCCUCUUUGGUUGGAUGCAUUAUUCAACACUAGGUGAUGUUAGAUGAGUAGAUGGUUUCUUAUUUUUAGAAAAUUUUGUGUAGUUGAUAGAUGAUUAGGUAUGCAGUAGAUGAUGUGUAGUUGAACAUGUAGGUAAAAUCAAUUCGGUUUUGUGUAUAUGUUGUCCAUAGGAUUUUUUUUUGAAUUAAGAGGGGUGAUGAAUAUAUGAUUUGUGUAUGUAAAAUAGACUUUGGCAUACUAUAUUUGGUUUGAUAGAUGAUGUGUGUAUGUGUAGAUAAUCCUAUUGUUGGCAAAAAAAUUUAUGCAAAAGAGAUGAUGAAAUUUUCUUAUUGUGUGUGACAUGAUUUGUUCAAUAGAAUGGCGGAUGAUGAUAAUGAAAUAUAUUUGAUGGUGAAAUUUGGUACUCUAGAUGAUAUGUGUGCAUAUGUAGAAGAAAGAAAUGAUGUGGUUAUGUUUGAGAAGAAUGGUGUUUUCAUAUGGAAUAAACUUGGAGAAGGAAAUUGUUUGAUAUUGUUCAUGUAUUCAUAGAUGUUUGUGAAAUUUUUUUGUAGGAUGGCGGAUGGUGAUGGACCUUGGUAUGACGGAUUAAUCGAUGAGUGGGAUAAGGAGCAUCGUGCUCGUGCCAUUGAAAAUGGACAGGUUGUAGUUGCUAUGCGCAUGAGGGGUCAUUCCGCUGAUGACUUUGAUUACGACCCGCGGUAUGAGCCUUACAUUCGGAGAUUGGGUCUUCUCCCAUUCGUGUUGCAGUUUAAGCGACGCGCUCCGCCGGUGAACCACGCGGCGCUGACCGCACUUGUGGAUCGUUGGAGGCCGGAGACUCACUCCUUCCACCUUCCAUGUGGGGAGAUGACGAUGACCCUACAGGACAUGGCUAUGAUAAGCGGCCUUCCUAUCAAUGGACAAGCUGUUACCGGUCGUGUCAGCGUGGGUAAUUGGCGAGAACGGACUGCCGAUUUAAUUGGCGUUCAGCCCGAGGGCCCUCAGGAAGGCAAGGCCGAUACAGCGAAAGUGAGGCAUUCUUGGCUAAAACUGGUCAGAGGAAACACCAACCCGUGCCCUCAGGAUGCCAAUGACGUGGUUGUGCAGCAGUAA